AUGGGGAAUAGCCGUAUGCAUAGGAAUCGUUCCACGUCACGUUUGACGGUGUCAUUCUCUCUGUAUAUGCUCGUCAGUGUCAUAGUACUGAUUAAUCUACUGAUUGCUAUGAUGAGCGACACGUAUCACAACAUUCAAUCGCAGAGCGAUAUCGAGUGGAAGUACGGUCUCAGCAAACUGGUUCGCAAAAUGCAAAAAACAAAAAGUGCCCCGUCGCCAUUGAAUCUCGUCACCACGUGGGUGGUGUAUAUUAAAAAAACUUGUAGAAAGGAACGAACUACAAAGCAGAAUACUGACAGAUUACGUGGAUACAUGGAGCCUAGUACGCAUCAGAACGAUUUUGCGAAAUCUACCAAUAAUAGAAUACUUCCAACAUCACGAGCAAAGGGCAAUAUUAAUUUCUCAUUACUUCAAACGAGCCCGGCUGACAGUCAGUGGUCCUUGAGCAACGUUCCAAGAAUAGAAAAUGUCGUCGACUGGGACAUAGUGCGUCGGAAGUACCGCGUGCGAUUCGGAGAUGAAAUCGAGAAACCGUCCGACGGAGAGGCAACGCUUGCUGCAGUAGUUUAAACAGUCGAGUUUUACCCGACGUAUCCCAUCGUCGAGUAUAACUUUUAACAUAACACACGUCACUUUUUAUCAUCGUUCUAUUUUAUAUCGUGAUGUAUUUGUAAUAAGUGUUCCAUGUAGAUAAGAUACUUUUUACUCUUUUGUACGUU